UGGAUUACGCGUGCGUGCCAGCGCGAGCCGGCGAGGCGAGCUGUUGUGGAAAUGAACGGGUGUAUGAAAUUCGCGAAGGAAGAGCGAGAGCGGAGCAGAUAACAGCAGAGCGGGGCAAAAUCUGGAAAGUUCACCCAAAGAAGGUUCUGGUGCGGCGGCAGCGGCUGGGUGGAGGCGGUGGGUCAGCGCGGGGAGGGAGAGAGAGAGCGCGGUAGAGAGUCAGUGGGAGAGAGAGAGGCAGAUUUUAGGUCUGACAGAUUUUAACGGUCGUUUGGUGACGCGGUGUUUUAAAGCCUAGCCUGGUAGUUAGUUAGCUUAGCUAGUUUCGCUAGCAUGGCACGGCUUUCAGCUAAAAUGAGCUAAAAGCUGGGAAGUUUAUUUAGCUAGCUACGAACUAUUAACGUUAGCGUUAUUGUGCUGAUUUAAGGUUUGAGUGUUGAUUUAUCCAGCUAGUUAUUUAGCUUGGUUAAGCUAACUAACACUAGCUAACCCAUGUUAGCUAGCUAACUAACCUAGUUUUAUGGUAAAUAUUGUUAUUAUCGUCUAGCGCUAACUAGAGCUUAUGACCGCGGUAACCUAGCUAACACUGGCUGGCUCGCUCCAGUCGGGGUAGGGAGCAACAUUAGCUAACAGCUAGUUAGUAAUGAGCAGUUUUACGAGCAAGACUCCAUUCGUCAGCCCGCCGCAGAGUCCCGAGAGCCGAGGCUCCUCUCUGGGCAGCAGCAGCGACUGGGACUAUGCCAACGAUGUGUUCGUCUGCUGCUACGACGAGUCCAUCGGCAGGGGGAUGCAGGCAGUUCAGGCGGGCGUGGAGAGGCACCUGCCGCCGCUACUACGCAGCCGCCACCGCGCUGCGGACGGUGUGACCCCGGGCCUGGACGAUCAGUACACCGGCUACCCAAGCCCGAGCUCCGCCAACGAGGACGACGGCGCCGCCUCCGAUCACCUGCUCUACAGCGAAAGCGACGGGAACGUCAGCCCGCUGGAAAGCAGGAAGAGAGCACGCUCCGGCGCCGCUUCCUCUAGGCACCGUUUGGAGGUGGUCACGGAGCUCGGAGCAGAAGAGCUCCGGUGGUUCUACAAGGAGGACAAAAAAACGUGGAAGCCCUUUGCAGGACACGAUUCCCUCAACAUCGAGCUAAUGUAUCGCAAGUUCUGUGAACUAAACCCUGUGGAGCUCGAUCAGGACCACAACGAGGACCAGCACCAGGACCAAGAAGGCGCUUCAGCUGCUUUGAGUGAAGAAGGAAAACACGCAGCAGAAGUGAUGGACAGAGUGGGGACGUGUGGGCCAGGGUCUGCUGCUGGCCAAGUUGAAGAAGGAGCCUCGGUAGAGGCGCCUGAAUCAGCCGGGGAAAGUGAUGUGGAUGUCAGCAUCAGCGUUGAAGCUGUGUGUGUCAGAGGAGGGCUCUACCAGGUGGAUGUCAGGGAGAUGGAAUGUUAUCCUGUGUACUGGAAUCAACAGGAUCGCAUCCCUGUGAUGAGGGGCCAGUGGUUUAUUGAUGGGACGUGGAUGCCCAUGGAGGAGGAUGAAAGUGACCUCAUUGAGAGAGAGCAUCUAACCUCCUUCCGAGGUCAACAGAUGCAGGACAGUUUUGAGAACGAUGUGGUGGUCAAGACAGUCGACACCAAAGACGCUCUCUCCCACUUCCCUCCUUUCUACCUCCCCUUUCUGUUCAAAUGGAGUGGAUAUCAGACGAGUGCUAAAAGUCACAAGCGAAAGCGUUGCCAAGCCAUUCACAGCCUGAAACUGAGCCGGAGCCACGUUGACUGGCACAGUGUUGACGAGGUGUAUCUGUACAGUGAUGCCACCACCUCAAAGAUCGCCCGCACUGUCACGCAGAAGCUGGGAUUCUCUAAAGCCUCUAGCAGUGGCACCAGGCUCCAUCGAGGAUAUGUGGAGGAGGCCUCUCUGGAAGACAAGCCCCCUCAGACAACGCAUAUUGUGUUUGUGGUGCAUGGUAUUGGGCAGAAGAUGGAUAAAGAUCGCAUCAUCAAGAACACAGGCAUGUUGCGAGAAGCUGUGAGGAAGAUGGAGGAGAAACACUUUGCAGAUCACACUGAGGAGCAUGUUGAGUUUCUGCCAGUAGAAUGGCGCUCCAAACUGGCCUUGGAUGGAGAUACAGUCGACUCCAUCACCCCAGAUAAGGUUCGAGGGUUAAGAGACCUGUUGAACAGCAGUGCCAUGGACAUUAUGUACUACACCAGCCCUCUCUACAGAGAUGAGAUCACUAAAGGGCUGACCCAGGAACUCAAUCGCCUUUACGCGCUGUUCUGUUCUCGGAACCCCGAGUUUGAGGAAAAGGGGGGUAAAGUGUCCAUCAUAUCUCACUCACUUGGCUGUGUGAUCGCUUAUGACAUCAUGACGGGCUGGGAUCCUGUACGCUUCUGCCUUCUGGAACAGCAGGAGCCUGAUGAAGAAGAGAUGCGCUGGAUGAGCUACGAAGAGCGCCAUCUGCUGGAGCAAGUGCACCUUACCCGCCAGAGGUUACGAGAACUAGAGGAUAAACUUCAAGGACUGGAAGCCUCUAAACCUCUUCAACUUCCUGCAUUAAAGUUUAAGGUGGAGAACUACUUCUGUAUGGGAUCUCCUCUGGCAGUGUUUCUGGCGUUGCGAGGAAUUCGGCCAGGCAGCACUGGAUACCAAGACCACAUCAUGCCCAAAUCUAUCUGCAAGCGCCUUUUCAACAUCUUCCACCCCACAGACCCAGUGGCCUAUCGAUUGGAACCUCUUGUAUUGAAGCACUAUAGCAAUAUUGCACCUGUCCAAAUACACUGGUGUAACACCACCAGCCCUACUCCAUAUGAUGAAAUGAAACCCACAUUUCUAAACCCUGUGAAAGACCCAGUUUCAGACACAGAGAGCCUUCCCAGCCCCAGCACAUCACCUGUAAUGAACCGAAGACACUACGGAGAGUCCAUCACUAACCUUGGCAAAGCCAGCUUACUGGGUGCAGCCAGCAUUGGAAAAGGCAUUGGAGGAAUGUUGUUCUCACGUUUCUCACGCUCCAGUAGCCAGCCCUCAGGAGUGGAUUCUGGGGUGGUAGAGACUGAAGAAAAGAGCCAGUCAGCGUAUGGCUUGUCCACCAUGUCCCAGUCUACCUCCACCAUCAUUGACACUGCAGUGGAGAUGGAGCAUCGCAUUGACUUUGAGCUGCGUGAGGGUUUGGUGGAGAGCCGCUACUGGUCAGCAGUCACCUCUCACACAGCCUACUGGACUUCACAUGAUGUGGCCCUGUUCCUGCUUACCUUCAUAUACAAAUCCCAGAGCUCUUCACAGGCAUCUGAGGACAGUCUUGACCCUGAGUAACAAAGACCUGCAAAGUAUGAAAGCUCUAAAGCACACUCCUCCUUUCACUUUGCCUCUCAUGCAAAUGCUUCUUUGUCAUACAAAGACUGAUCCUCAUGCUCCCCUUUGCUUUGGCAAAACCCAACUGCUCGUACUAUUAACCCAUUAUACACAGAAAGCACUAGAUUACAGUAUAGAGUUUAUGUACUGAAUCACUCUACAGAUAUUUUGUAACUCUUGCUGUGUUACUCUGAGCAAUGGGUAGGCUGUACCACCCUGUCUUUGACCAGUGGGAUCAGUAAGUGAGUUAAUAAUCUCUGCUACCCAACAUCCCUCCAUUCAGUCCAGCCCACAUUGCUUAUGUGGCAGCGGUAACACAGCCUAGUCUGAGGACUAGUCUAAUAAUAGUUACAGAGCUGACCGUAACAAAGACAUGCAAAUACAGAAGCCUGAACCUCUCUGUCCCAUGAAUGUCUAUUUGUUCCUCUUGUCCGGAUGCCACCUAUUUGCACGGAUUUUAAGAUAUAUUAACACUCCAGAUCAUGGAUUCCUAAGGAAACGAAGGAAAAGUAUGUUUUCAUAUUGAAGGACAUUCACUGAGACAUUUUUCAGUGUGGGCUGCAGGUUUAUUUAUUGAGGAAAAGAAAUAUUAAGACUUAAGAUGCCUGUUUUUACUUCCUGGAGAAUACUGGAUGUCUUUAUUUACUAACUCUGAGACCAAUUGCAUAUUGGAGAAGAGAAGAGUUACCUUGCCUCGGUGUGACAAAUCAGCAAAAAGCAACUUCCUUUUUCUGCAAGGAGACAAAUAAUAAUUGGCAUCAUAUUCCAUUAUUCCAUCCUACAGAAGGUGCUGUUAUGAAACAAAAUUGAACAUUUUCUUAACUCUGCUUCUAAUACUUAGGGUGAAUCCCAUUUCUCCCCUUGGCCCUACCCCUUACCCCUACCCCUCUGUUUUGCGCGUGCACGUCAAGGGGUAGGGGUGUCCCGAUUCCUGUUAGGAUGAAGUGGUAGGGGUAAGGGGUAGGGCUAGUUAGCCCUUCAAACGGAGAUUUUCCAGACCCACACUUCGUACCGAGGGGUAUGAGAAUGACUGGCAAGAUGGCGGAACAAGCGACCAAAGAAAGUAUUUUCCAUGUUAAAAAUUACGAUUAGCACUGUUUUACCUUAGUUUAUUGUGUAGUUUUGAUGUUUUAUGGCUGAAUUCUUCGUAACAAGCAUAAAAAGUUCACUAGUAGUUCGUUUCGGUAGCUAGCUAGCUAGCUAACUUUCCUGUUCCACCUUAAAUGGUGCAACAGACGGCAGGCGUUACCGCAUUUAAGGCGGAACGGAAAAAAUAAAUCAAAUAAAAAAUAAUCAGAGCUAAUUUCAGCUCCCCAUCACAGAGGAAUUAAGGAGUGGACAAUAUUAAUUAAUUUCUGCACCUCUUGCCCCCUUUCUGUACACAUACAAUGCCCUAAAGUUAACUAGUUAACCAGCAGCUAGGCUACUGAACUUUAGCGCUCCACUGCUAUCAUCACAUCAGCCCAGCAGGGUCACACCACCGCUAGUAGCCUGGUCAUAAAUCAGUGCUAUUUAUUUAUGUAUUUAUUGUUCAUUGACAAACGUCAUUGUGAUAUACCAGUGAUUCCUCUGUCACUGAGGACCCAUAUUCUUGCACAUUAUAUUGUUUUUGGAACACAUUACCUGCUCCAGGACCAGUGUUGGGAACCAGUGUGAUAUACAAUUUCUAGUAUAUUAUGGAGGCUAUUUUCAAUAAGAUUCACCUUUCACCGGGUGCUUGAAGGGUUGUCCCAAUUCCAAGGGGUAGGAUUUUACCCCUUCCCCUUGUAACUCCGUUCCAAGGGGAAGGAUUACACUCGAAAAGAAGGGGUAGGGGUAAGGGGUAGGGCCAAGGGGAGAAAUGGGAUUCGCCCUUACUCUGAUUUGUUUGGAGAUUGAAAAGAAGGACAUUGCUGCUGUCCUGUAGCCAGUGCACCUGCUGAACAAAAGUCUGAUCUUAACAUAGUUAAAAAGAAUGGGUUGCACCAAAUUUUCAUUUCAUUUUUCAAGUUAUAACAUGAAACUUAAAACCAGUACUGAACACUUGUAUCAUCUUCCAUAAAAAUAUAUUGAGGUUAUCACAGACCUCUGCAGAUUUACAUGACAUCACAGACAGAAAGAGAUCUCUUACAAUCUUUACAAGUUUGGCAAGUCUUUUACAACUUUUUUCCCAAUGGGACAGUCUAAAAAGGGACUCUGUUCAGGGACACACAGGUCUGUUGCAGGAUUCUGUUCCCUGAAAUACACACACAGUGUAUUAUUAGCAUACAUAUACAAAUAUUUAUUAAAAUCUUAAUAAUAUAACUUUUGCGUUUUCUUGUCCUACAGCAAAUUAAAUAUAAAUAUAUUCUGUAAUAUAU